GAAGCGCAGCCAGCAGUCAGACCGUCGAAUAACCACUAAGGCACUAACCCAUUCAUUCGGUGCAGUCGCUCGUUCGCGUCGUGUCGUCCGUUGCCCAUUGUGUGUUGAGAUACAUAAUUUUAUUUUUAAACUACAAAAUUACAAUACUCCAAUUUAUGCUCUGCUAUACUUUCGCUGUUUUUUUUUUUUUCCAAAAAACGAAAUUUUUUCUCGGAUGUGCGCGCCAAUUUUGUGUUGACGUGAAAACGUUAAAAUAUUGUUGUCAAUAUAUUAUUACAAUAAUGGACCUCUGAGCUUUGGAAAAAAUAACCCGAUUUGGUCUGAUAUAAAACGCUCCAGGAAUCACCAUAGGAUUAUAUUGUCGUAGUCUAGUAAGAUCGAAAGGAUGUACUUCAUUCUGACUGCCAAAAGUCUGUUAUGGGUUGUUUUGAGUUUGGUAUCCACUUGUUCGCUUUUCACGGCCAUUUAUUCGCCACAAUGGCUGGUCGGCCCUACCGAUUACGAAUGUCCUUCGUCUAAAGUACUGGAGUUGAAAAAUGAAACCGAGCUGUACGAUGUUCGCUGCCGGCCUUCGGUGGGCAUAUACUACAGAUGUAAGAAAAUCAAUGGAGACCAGCACUGUGGUUCUUUUGCCGUUGACGGGUUAGCCACCGACUCGUACAUGUUUCCUACACCCUGGAAGAUCGCCAUUGUUCUGAUGUCGGCCGGUGUUUUUAUCAGCUUUGUCAUGUCCGUUAUGGCCGUCUGCAGUUUUUGCAAACAGUCCAUUCGCAGAAAAAGCGUAUUCGGAUUAGCCGGGUCCGGCCAAGGACUUUCGGGUCUGCUCUACAUGAUGGGAGUAAUUUGUUUUGCGGCCGGAUGGGGUUCAGAACGCGUGGUCAUGCUGUGUGGAACUCAAGCUGAGCCUUUCGUUUCGGCAAAUUGCGUAAUGGGUUCGGGUUUGUACACAGCAGCUUUCGGAAUCGUCUUGACUUUCGCUACGGCCAUGUUGUCUGGACCGGCGGACCGAGCGACGUCCAGCGACAAAGUGGCAUUACACUUGGAACAAGGAGAAAACGUUGUGUUUCUAUUGUAAAUCACAUACGUACCUACCACUCUGUGUAUUCUUAUAUGUGGCAACUGCUGUCGAUUUACAAUAAUUGAUUGUUCAAUUUAGAAAUCCCAAUAAUACCUACCUGUAUGUAUAUAAAUAGUGUGGCGUGUUCGUGACAACUAAUAUUUUAUAAGUUGCUUUAUUUUUAUUUAUAUAGAUAUACCUAUACUUAGAUAUUGUUAUUUAAUAUUUGUUUUUAUAUAUUAUUUUUAUUAUUAUUUAAUAUGCAGUACAAACAGUCCAAAAACAAUAAUUAUUGUAGAGCAAGGCCAAUUAUUAUUAUUAAUUUGAUUUUUUUUUAAGGAUUCACGCCAUUUUAUUCUAGCUGUACCUACCUAUCGACGUAUUUUAUCCGCGUAUUAUUUUUAGGCACGAAUAGUUACAAUAACGGAGAAGGGAAAAGGUUUGAUUUGAUCGAAUACAGCAACAACUUAAGUAAAGUAUUUUAAAUUCAUGCGAAGGCUGAUGCGUUGACCUCGUGUAGAUACACAAUACAGAUAUACCAUAUGGUCUAUAUUUUGUGCCUACGCCAUUAAACAAUUAUUAUACUUACCGAUUUAGAGGUAGUCCGUAGUCUCUAGUAGACUAGUUUAAUGUGAAAACGAUAAAAUUACUUAUUACAAAGUUUUUGUGCAAGUCUGUGAUAAUUUAUCUUACACAUUUUGUAAAUGCAUAUUUAUAAAAUCACAGAAUUGCUGCAUAAAAUAAUUUCCAUAAUAAACGUAAUUUUAUCGUUUUCGCAAUAAUUUAGAAUCUACUUAUUAUUAAUAUAUAUAUAUAAAUACCUACUCCAAAAUCAGCUUUUAACUGCUUGAUUCUAAAUUAAUAGUUGUAACUUAUAAUUUAUUUCA